UCACACUCCCGCGCUGCUACUUCAGUGUCGCUCGGCCCGCCGACCGAGGCGCCGCAGCUUUGUCUCGGGUCCUCGCGCGAGUUUGUGUAUUGUGCCAGUGUUGUGUACGCUUGUGAUUCUGUUCUUGAGUUUCCUAUACGUUUGAGGGUUGUUGACCAGCGUCGGACUAAGGAAUUUCGUUUUAAAUAAUCUCAACAAGGAGUAAUGGUGAUUUUAAAUAGUGAUAAAAUGAAGAAUAUUGAGGACUAUUUCAUGUCGUAUACGAGAACGAAACAUACUAAUAUAUCUUGGAACAAUUGAAUCUUGUGUGAAGUGACCAGUAACAUUUCGUGAGUUACAAUGUAAUCUAAUUCAAACAGUGCACUAUCAGAACUAAUGUGUUUUUAAAGGUAACACUUUUAAGAUUUGAUCAUGACAUCUCACGUGCGCAGUGCCACCCCUCCCCCGGGGGGUACCCCAAGCCCCCCACAGUCUCCGCAGCCGUCUACGUCCCUGGCGACCUCUCCUCCACCCUUGGGUAGACCACGGUCUCUUAUGGAAUCUCUUCUGAUAGCCAAAAUGGAGCGAGCUGCCGGCAGCCCCUCCGUCCUCAACGGUAACAUCGGACCCCUGCCGUCCCCUUUGCUCAGGAUGGACUCCACCGACUCCGCCUCGUCCUUCGCCUCCACCUCGUCCAUGGGCAGCGAAGUGUGCCGGUGUGACGACUGCCUUCUGGGUAUCGCCGAUUUGUAUAUCAACACGCCCACAACAAAGAAAAAGGUAUACUUUUAAUAUUACAUACUCAGUUUGUGUAACGGUCUUAAAUAUUCAGUUUUUAAAUACCGAGAACUUACAUUACAGAAUAUAUUAACGGUUAAUUUAUCAUAUACUCAAAUUA